AUGGCGCGUAGUGGACCACUGGCCAGGCGCCGGACGUGCACAGCCGCACGUCGGCAGACGUUUCGGAAAACUGCCCAGGCCAAGUUCAAGGUGACCAACUGCACAAAGUGCAAGGAAUCCUGCGGGGAGUGUUAGAGGCGGGGUCUGAGCGCCUAACUCAUUGCUAUUAGUCUUGGUUAACUCCUUAUUCUGCGCGCGCGCCUAUCUCUGUCUUUGCGUCUUUUCUCCUUCUGGGUUCCUUCUCCACGCUAUUCUCAUCUCACUCGUGUAUCUCGGAGCUGAGUCGUGGAGUACCUCUUAGGUUAGUUACUGCAAAGUUACGCUAUUCUCAUCAUCUCACUCGUGUAUCUCGGAGCUGAGUCGUGGAGUACCUCUUAGUCCUUGUCUUAAUAGGUUAUGAGCUCAACGAGCGAAUCCGACUUCCCUAACGGGUCGGGCAAUCGCUUGUACCUCAAGGACACAAGGGUACAAGAGCUGGUCACAACGUGCGUUCAUCAAUCUUCGAGCCGACAAACUAUGGGAUGUCGUCAACCAAUCCAUCGACUCCCUUGUCGCGGACUAUCGGUCCACGCUCGUUAUCGCACAUCCAACGGCGUCCGUCGCGCCACUUGAACCAGCCUCCCCCGGCUUUAGCGGGCUUGGGGGGGGGGGGGGGGCUCUGGUUCUGCGCACUCGGACGAAUUGCCCAGGCUCACCAGCGUUCAAGUUGCGGACAAGGUCGCGGAAUAUCGCGAACGGGCCAUCCGCCGCAACGACUUGGCAUGCAAAUACAUCGCCAAUUCGACCUCGGAGCUCCGAGGUUCUGAAAAUCGGUCAUGGCAAUCUUGA